CAUUAGCAUAAUGAAGGUUGCGAGUAUAACAGGUAAUUCAGAUUCAAUCGUGGAGUCCAAAGCGAAAGCUAGGAUAUCGGAGAGUGGUAUCUAUGGCUCUAAUGGCGACAAGAAUUUGGAUUUAGGGGUUUCUGACGAGGUUAGGGUGUCUUCAGUAGAGAUGGAUUCUGGAGCUCCGGAGAAUGAGGUUCAUGCUAGGGUUUCUGAAGGUUGGAGAUCUGAAGAGCCUAGGGUUAGGGUUUCUGACGCGAUUGACGGCGGUGUUGCAAGAGUAGGUAAGGAAAUUGAAUCUAGGGGUUUUGAGAUUGAGGAUGAGAGCAUCAAUCAUUUUGAUGCCCAAGAUGAUAGAUUUGAUUUCCUAGAUGAUAAAGAAGAGCAUGUGGAGAAGAGUAAGACGUCCGAGUACACUUCUUUGUUGUCGGAGUUUGAUGAUUUUGUGGCCAAUGAGAAUGAUGGGGCAUCGGGUGGUUUUGGAAUGUCGAGGGCACUGAGUUUUGGGCUCGAAGUUGGCGACAUGGUGUGGGGGAAGGUGAAAUCUCACCCCUGGUGGCCGGGGCAUAUAUUUAAUGAGGCUUUUGCGUCUCCCUCGGUGCGGCGCGCCCGGAGGGAGGGUUAUGUGUUGGUGGCCUUCUUUGGUGAUAGUAGUUACGGCUGGUUUGACCCAGCUGAGCUCAUCCCAUUUGAUCUCUAUUUCGCUGAGAAAUCCUCUCAAACGAAUUCGAGGAAUUUCGUGAAGGCCGUGGAAGAGGCUGUCGAUGAGGCGAGUCGGAGACGGGGUCUUGCUUUGGCUUGUAAAUGUAGGAACCCAUAUAAUUUUCGAGUCACGAGUGUUCAAGGGUAUUUUGUAGUGGAUGUGCCAGAUUAUGAGCCCGGGGGAGUUUAUUCUGCGAAUCAGAUUAAGAAAGAGAGAGAUGGUUUUAAGCCAAGUGAGACUCUUGCUUUUGUAAAGCAGUUAGCGUUGGUGCCAAGGGGUGGCGAGCAGAAAAGUAUUAAUUUUCUCAAGAAUAAGGCCACGCUGUUUGCUCACCGAAAGGCAGUAUUUGAAGAAUUUGACGAGACCUACGCUCAGGCCUUUGGGGUGCAGCCGGGGCGUCAAUCUCGUCAACAUGUUCAUUUAGAUCAGACUGUUAAAGCGCCGCCUAAAGCUCCUUUGAGUGGUCCACUUGUGAUUGCGGAAGCUCUUGGUGGUGGGAAAAGCGCUGCGAAACCUGUGAAAAUCAAGGAUCCUUUAAAAAAAGACAGAUACCUUUUCAAGCGGAGAGAUGAAACCAAUAACUCAGAGACUCACCAAGGUAGCCCAGGGCAGGCAGUUUCCUCUGCACCAUCAGUUUACAUGGAUGGGUCUGUAACAGCAGUGGCUGGGGAUUAUGUUCUGCAAAAGAGGGUGCCUCCUGCCCCUGUGAUUCCACCAAAACAUGAGGUUGCAUAUGUUAGCAACGAUGUUGCAACCUCAAGUCUAGAAGGAAUUGGCAAAGAAGUAUCCAUAGAUCGGGCUGCAGCAUACAGCAGUCCUCUUGGCCAUCAAGAUAUUGCUUUUGAUAAGGAGAAAGAUUUUCUGCAGGGAACAAAUGACAGUUUGGGGCCAAGUGAGUUUGUGAGUCCCACAAGCACAGGGUGGUCGGAUUUGUCGAGGGACAAGGUAUUCACACGUGUAACUGAUGAUGCAUCUCAAGCCUUUCAACAGGAAGCUGAGCAAAAAAUUUUGAGGCCAUAUGAAGGUCUUCAAAAACAUGAGCUGAGUUUUCCCAGUGGAAUGGAAGUGGGCAGUGGAUCAGAUCAAGUUAAAGACAGUCGUGGUGUUGCAGAUCUUUCACCAAUUGAUACAAUGCGUUCAAGUGGAAUGACUGCUGAUGGAGGAAUUAAGAAGGCAAGAAUUCUCAAAAGAACUACGACAGACUUGGGCUCUGAGAACUCUGUUAUGGGGGAGAAAAAGAAGAAAAAAAGGAAAGACACUGGUAGAGAAAUGAAUUCUGAACAUCCACAGAAACGUUUGGCUACUGGAAAAAUGGGGACCCCAAUGAGAAAAGUAGCAGGAAAAUCCACCCUAAUUGGUUUGGCUCCAAGAGAGGAUUUUCAGGUUGAAUAUCAGAGGAAAAGUGUUAGCGCAAGUAAUUCCUCAACCGAGUCUGUUGCAACACUUCUAACAGUUGACACGGGAAAUAGUGACAUCGAACUUCCCCAACUUUUGAGUGAUUUGCAAGCCCUUGCUCUCGAUCCUUUUCACGGUGUAGAAAGAAACAGCCCUGCAAUUGUGCAGCUGUUCUUUUUGCGAUUCCGGUCCCUAGUUUUCCAGAAAAGCUUGGUUCUGUCACCACCAGCAGAGGCUGAAUCUGUUGAAGUUGGUCCCACAAAAUCUUCAUCUGGUGUUGGGGCUUUUGGCAGUCUUCCUGGUGAGCAUGCCAGAGAUCUUUCAUCCUCAAAGCCUGCAAAAUCCAUAAAGAGACCCAUGGAUCCAACAAAGGCUGGGCGGAAACGUGGCCCUUCUGACCGUCAAGAAGAAAUCGCAGCAAAGAAGUUAAAGAAGAUUAAUGCAAUAAAAUCAUUGGCUGUUGAAAAGAAAGCUAGCCAGAAAUCUUCUGAAAACCGGCGGGUAGAGGGAAGAGAUUCAGUGGUACCAGCCCUGCCAAAGUCUUUCAGACCAGAUCUUGUCAAGAAACUGGAACCGGUUGCAAAGGCAGUUAAUCCCACCAUGUUGGUGAUGAAGUUCCCUCCCGGUACAUCGCUCCCAUCUGUUGCAGAGUUGAAGGCAAAGUUUGCCCGUUUUGGGCCAAUAGAUCAAUCGGGUCUCCGUGUCUUUUGGAAGUCGUUGACAUGCCGUGUCGUGUUCCUGCACAAGCACGAUGCAGAAGCAGCAUACAGAUAUGCUGUUGCUAACAGUUCCUUUUUGGGCAGCAUGAAUGUGAGGUGCUACACUCGCGAACUGGGAGUUGCUACAGCUGAAGGGUCUGAAACAGGCAAGGGCCGAGGAGAUGACAAUACCAAUGAGUCUCCACGAGUUAAGGAUCCUGCAGUUAUACAAAGACCAGCAUCCGGGCUUGUGAACCAGCCUCUACCAAAGCCAGCAGUCCAGCUCAAAUCCUGUUUGAAGAAGUCAUCUGGCGACGAGUCUGGGCAAGUAGCUGGUGGUGGUGGUGGUUGUAGUAAUAAAGGUAUCUCCCGUGUAAAAUUCAUGUUGGUUGAGGAUGAAAGUAGUAGGGGAGAGCAGUUGAUGGUUGGUAAUAGAAACAACAUCAACAACAAUGCUAGUAUUGCUGAUGGUGGUGGUGCACCUUCUUCUGUUGGAAUGGAUUUUAUUAGUAAGAACUUUCAAAAGGUCAGUCCUCCAUCUCCAUCGCCUCUUCCUCCACAAUUUGCAAACGCCCCACAUAAUAAUUUUCAUCGUCUGGAAAUAGCGCCCUGGAAUGCACACAAUCCUAUUAACAGUCUCCCAGCACCACCUAGUGGUGGAACCUCAGUUGAUAUCUCACAGCCAUUUUUGAGCCUAUUGACAAGGUGCAACGAUAUUGUCACCAAUGUGACGGGCUUGUUGGGCUAUGUGCCCUACCAUCCUCUAUGAUGAAACUGGCAUAAAAAUCUGAUCGUUAAUCUGGGAUAUAACAAGAUUGAUUGGCUUGAAUAUGGGGAGCAAUCUCAUCUUGAAAGAAAGCUAUUUGUAUCCUCGCAACGCGUUCGAACAUGCAUGAUAACUCAAUUGGAGGGCACCAAUUGUCGCAAAAAAGAAAGAAAGAAAAAGAAAAAAAGGACAUAGUGGUCUCCCUCCAGUCGAGAAUCAGGAGCUUAUUUUUUGGGAGGGCCAAGAGCUGUUCCAAGGCGACCAAAUUCGAGCACAAUUUGGGCUUUAGAGAUGAGUAUGAUUUCAGAAAUGUGGAUACUCCCAAAUGUAAUGAUAUUGAUAGUGGCAUCUUGUGUAUUUUGCUUUC